AUGAGUGAUAGGGGGGAACUUGAGUUGGAUAAAAAUGUGAACAGAAUGCGGUUGGAAUUGGAGGAGGCUCUGGAUAUUUUAACAUGCCAUGAAAAUGAGGAGAUAAAAAGCACUAGAGAAGGUGAAUGCUGCAUUCUGGACUCUUAUCCAUUAAGUAUGACUCUAAUAAGAUGUGAAAACGACAAAGAAAAACUAGGUCUAAUAAUUCAACUUAAGGAAUUUUCUAGAAUGGUUAAAGGAAGCUAUUGGAUGGUCUUGGAGGAUAACAAAGAUCCAAGAAAUUUAUAUAUGCUUGAAUUCUUCAAUUAUAAUGAUGGGAUUUUUAGAAAUAAGACGUUCGAAGUAAUUGGAGAUAGGAACGAAAGGGAGAUCUUGCAGAAUUACUUUUCCCACUCAAACUCAAUUUUGAAUAUGAAUGGAGGAAAUAAGUGCGAGAAUGGUAAUGAUAAAUGGAUGAUGACUACUUUAAGAAGGAGGAGAGAUAUUGAGAAUUCACGAAACAAUUUAGGAUUAGCUUUUUGUAAUUCUUUUCUAAAGGAAAGUGGCGAAAGAAUCAGAAACUUUGAUUUAUCUUCUUUAACAUUUAUGGUAAAAUUCAGUGAAGUUGGCAAUAUUUCAGAACUUAUAAGCGAAGUUGAGGCAUUAUAUGGGGAUUAUUGGUUAAAUAAGAUAGAAGAAUCAUUCCUAGCUGUUUUCUGCUUUAGCAUUGAGAAUAAAUUAGAUACCCAAGUAAGAUUUGAAGACGAAUUGGAGAAGAUGUCUUUGUCCAGCCCUAAGAAGGAUGCUUAUAUGAUUCACAUAUUCACCAGCCCAACGGACUAUGCAAUGGUAACAAGCACUUAUAAUUGGAGUAGCUACGUUUCUUCCCUCAAAAAUUUGGCUCAGGGGGAAGUUAGAGCAGAAUUUAUAACACAGAAGCUGAUUUAUAACUCUCUGGAAAGCUUUGAAGAUUUGAACAUAUUCAGAAUAAUGGAUUCUGAAAGAGAUUUGGAAAUUAAGGAAAAUAUAAUGGAGGGAGGCAACUUAGAUAGCAAGUCGGUAACAACCACCACUUCAAAUUGCUACUCAACAGAUUCUUGCAAACUAGUAGAUUCAACAAACGGAUUUUCAUCCACAGACCUAGAUUCAGUAACUACCUCCAUUAAUUCAAGCACAGAGAACUUGGUGUUGUCGAAGAAAGGCUCAGUUCUAGAGGGAUUGGAUGAGAACGAGAAAUCUACUGAUAAAGGUCUCAGUACCUUCGGAGAUAACGAAGUGGUUGAGCUCGAAGAAGACCCUCUUUUGGUUUCUGAAUUUUCAAAUUUGAGCUAUUGGGAAUCUGCAAUAAUUGACGCAUCUAACUCUUUUGCUGCUUCCAAUGCUAGAAAAAGAAACCAAAUUUACUCAAAUUUAGCAAUUAAUGGCAAUAAAAGUCAGACAGAUAAGCUAACAGACUGCCAAGAAGUGCCUAUUCUUCAAGAAUCCGUUAAAGACGAGGAGUUUUAUGAGUGCAGAGAAAUGAAAUUUGACACAUGUGCAUUAAAGGCCAAGCUGGCAAAGUCAGUGUGGGGUGGCGCCAAAUGUACUGAUAGAAGCUGCAUGCAGUGCUUUGCAUUACCUCUUACACAUGCACAUGCAGAAUCUGAAAAGGAUUUAAGAGCUACAGAAAGCGAAAAAAUUUGGUGCAAGGAGGGUUUCAGGAAGUUUUGUGAAAUCUACAAAAGCAUGGGUGUUGUAGAACUUAGAAAGAAGUCAGAAUUGGGAAAUGGCAAAAAAGCUUGGUUAAUUAGAGAGUUUAUAGGAGAUGAGCUUUCUGAUCAGGUUUUUUGCUAUGGACUUAAGAGGAGAAGAAGGAGCAUAAAGGAAGGGUUAAGAGCUCUAAGUAUUUACUUAGUGGGAGAUUUUAACGAUUGGAACAAGACUUCUCACCCAAUGCAACUGGAAACAGAAAACAUUUGUUUGAUGAAUCAGGAAUUAUAUGAAGGCUACCCUUCCAUUCCACAUUUCAUGAAAAAUAGGGUCUAUUCAAUAAUUCUGGAUGAAAACAAGCUACAAAGCUUUUUAAGUUGUAAUCCUGAAGCUAAUUCAAUUUCAUUCAAAAUUAGAAUUGUUACUUCUAAAGCCAAUUCUUCAGAAGCUCAGAUGAUGGAAGUAAAUGAUAGCCUUGGAGCAGUUUCAUCCCAAGAACUGGAGACUUACAGACUACUCUCAUAUUCAAGGUCUUUGGUCACUUCAGGAAUCAAAGAUAGUACUGAAAACGCUUUGAUGAAUUGCAACUUUUACUUGGGUGACCAAACUGAAUUUGAAAGCCCAAGAAAUAGAAGUCUCAAAUAUCCUCUUCCAAGGUGUGUUUCAAAGCCCAAGACUCUAGGAUUUUUAAGGGCAAAUAAGGAUAAGACCCUUGAAUCUGACGAAGGGGACUGGCCAAUAUCUGUUGGAAGCAUUGUCAAAGAGCUUGUAACAAAUUUGAGACAGUCUCCUUUGUACAUAUAUGAAGCAAAUAUUGCUUUUUCAUCCAAAAAUAAAGGGGAAUUUGGAACUUUUGCAAGCUUUAGAGAGAAUGUACUUCCAAGAAUAUCAAGAGGCGGAUAUAACUGUUUGCUAUUAACUGGUCUAUUGGAGCACUAUCAAUUCUUCAACAAAAGCCAAUACCCAUUCAAUUAUUUUGUUCCAUAUAGUAAAUAUGGUACUCUGGAUGAGUUUAAGGACCUAAUGGAUGAUUGCCAUUCAAGAGGAAUUGCAGUGCUUAUGGACUUUAACCUCACUUUUGCUGAUAUUACAAACUCAAACUCAAUGCUACAGCCGUGCGAUAGGGAAAUGAACAAUAACUUAAGUAAUUUACAAGAUAUUAUAGAUACUGAUGAGAUUAAUAUGCGUACAGGAAGCGAAGUAAGUAGUGGAAACAUAAGUAGGGAAGGUUCUUUUGUACUUGGAAGUGGAGGAAGCAACAGUACUAUUAAUAGUAAUACAAUCAGAGUUGAUGAGCUAUUUUUGGAUGACUCCAUUGUAGAUUUGUACGAGUCAUUUAUGCUGACUAAUUUAAAUACAUUCAAUCCAAGUUUCUUUAAACAUACUCCAGACGUGAUUUCUUCGCUUUUUGCUUUCAACAAAAGUUACAGUAGACUUAAUUUGGGAUAUAUUCCAAUGCUGGCUCAGAUCCUUUCUUCAUUUCAUUAUCUGAUGAAUCAACUGGGUAUUGAUGGUUUUAGAUUCACUGUUCCAGACUUAUCAGAAGAGCAAGAGAAAUACUCGUGCAUCUCGUCAAUUUUGGCUUUGAUUAAUGAUACUAUUCAUACUAUUAAGCCAUUCGCAGUAACAAUAGCAAAUGAACUUCUUUUGAGAGGAAAUGAUGAUAAGGCUUGCUCAGAGCUUACAGUUCCUUUGGAGUAUGGAGGUAUGGGAUUCGACUAUGUUUGGGAUAAUUCAAUUUGCAGUUCCCUACAAAGUAUCAUACUAAAGAACCCAUCCAGUUUGAAUAUAAAGAAAGACAUAAUUGACGAGCUACUUCCUCAAGAAGAUAAAAUGAGGAACUCUAACAAGAAAAUCAGAAUUUUGUACAAAAACAGAGAAAAACAAAAUUUUAUUGAUACAGGAGAUGAUAGUGAAAAUAUAAAUGGUAGUUAUUUAAACAAAGGGGGAUCUGACUUACAUACAGUUGAGUUUGUUUCCAAAAGAUUAUAUGGGAUAGAAUCUUUGGAAAUGAAAACAGUAACUCAGAACCCACUUAGAAUUGCAAUGUUUAGUUGGGAAAGUCUCCAUACUCACUUGGUUGGUGGAGUCUCGCCUCAUGUUUCAGAACUAUCUGCAAGUCUAGUACGACUAGGACACGAAGUCCAUCUAUUCACAAGAGCAACAACAUCAGCAUAUGUGAUCAAAGUUCAUGAUGGAGUAUUGUAUCAUGAGUGUCCUUUCCAAUUGAAUUCUGAUUUUGUGACUGAAAUUACAAAUAUGUGUAAUUCAUUUGUUUAUUAUAUGCAAAGGUGGGAAGAUGGGCUAACAAAGGUACCGGAUUAUCCAAUGCUUAAAAAUGUGAAAAAUGGGUAUCGAUUUAAUAUUUGCCAUUGCCAUGAUUGGCUAGCAGCCCCUGUAUUGACAAGUUUAAGAAGAAUUGGAAAUAAUAAUAGGACAACCAUUUUCACAGUGCAUUCAACUGAAUAUGGUAGAUGUGGAAAUCAGUCGUUUGGAGGACAAAGUAGCAGAAUAGCUGAUAUAGAGAGGGAGGGAUGCCAUACUGCAGAUAGACUGAUUUGUGUAAGUGGGGUGUUGGCAGAAGAGGUAUGCAGACUUUUUGGGGUUAACAGGAACAAAAUUAAAGUAAUUUAUAAUGGAAUUCAUUGCAGGACUUUUGAUAGAGUAGUAAUGAAUGAUGCUGGAGAAGUUAAAAGGCAAUAUGGUAUAGGACCUCUAGAACCAACAUUUCUAUGUGUUGCAAGAAUGGCUCUACAAAAGGGAGUAGAUUUGCUUAUUGAGGCGGUGCCUAGUAUAUUAAAAUAUCGUAAUGAUACAAAAUUUAUUAUAGUUGGAGAUGGACAUCAGAAAGAUGAAAUUGUUCGUAGGUCCCACCAGUUAGGCAUAUACAAUUCGGUCAGAUUUGUUGGAAAGAAGUUGGGAGAUGAUGUAAUCAGACUUUAUAAGGCUUGCGACGCAGUUGUAGUACCGUCUAGAAAUGAGCCAUUUGGAAUUGUUGUAUUGGAAGGAUGGACAGCUGGAAAACCUGUUGUUGCUACCACUAGUGGUGGCCCCAGGGAUUUCUUAACUCCAAAUGUAGAUGGGUAUUUGGUAGAGCCAUGUAAAGAUAGUAUUGCUUGGGGAUGCUGUGAGAUACUAAAAAACUUUGAUCAUUCAAGAUGGAUGGGAUCUAGGGGUAGAGUAAAGGCAGCUUAUUCAUUUUCUUGGGAUUCCAUUGCUCAAAUAACAAGUUUUCUGUAUUUUGAGCAGUGUAAUGUUUUAGACGUUGCUCCGAGCCUGAUUUUAAAGCCUAAUACACCAUUAAUUCUUCAGUCCUUUGGAGAAAAUGCUCUUUAUCAUCAUAUGAUGGUGUUUGAUGGUUUUGAAAAGUCAGUCUUUGCUCUUAAGCAAUUGAAGUUACUUGUAUUAACAAUGAUGGCCUUUGCAAAGAAUGGAGUUUUUCAGAGCAUGGGCUCUGAAUUUGGUAACCCCGAUUCUUUUGAUCUACCUAGACCAAAUAAUGACAUGGAUGUUAGCAAAAUGUGUUGUAGAUGGGACUUGGCAGAUAACAAGAGUCUAAAGUUCAAACAUUUAGAGUUCUUCAAUACUAUAUUGAUUCGUCUCGAAAAGUCUCUAAACUGGAUAGUCAGAAAUAACAUUCAGGAUUAUAAUAUCUGCAAUAAUUAUUUGAGCACAUUCACAGAAGGUGUAGAAGGAGAGUUAAAUAAGAGCGGUUUUUCUUCAGCUUGUUCUAAAUUAACUUCUCCUUUAAUUAAAAGCAGCACCUCAGUAAUACCUUCAGAAAUUUCUCCAGCUUCCAAAUUUUCCAAGAAGCCAGUAACAAAGAAUCAGGCAGUUAUUAAAAGAUUAGAUGAGGUUUCUGGAGAUAGUAAUCUAAUAGAUAAUGAGUCCGUUAUUUACUUGGAUUCAACUCCAAACAGUGGACAAGAAGGUUCAAAAUCUAUCCAAAAAAUCUUUUCUAGAGGAAAAAGUAUUGACAAUUUUUCCAAGGAUUCGCUGAAGAUCUUAACAACAGAUAGUUUGUAUAAUUCAUCAUCUAAUGUUAAUGUUAUUUUAUGCCAUGAAUUGGACAAAGUAUUGGUGGUUGAAAGAAAUAACUGCGUUUUUGUUUUCAACUACAGCGAUAAGUACUAUAAUAAUUACGGAUUUGGAAUUUCAAGCGAACUUCCUCAGAGCCUAAUAAUUGAUACUCAAGAUGAGAGAUUUGGAGGGGACAAGAAAUACCAUGUUAUUGGUAACUUCUGUUCUUGUUCUGUCAAAUCUGAGCAAGGAUUCAAGCUAUUUGACUCAAACUCAGAACCUGCCAAUAUUAACUCUAUUAAUAAUAAAGCAUUCCAAAAGUCUUUUCAACAUGAAUCUCCUUAUAGAUUUAUUAAUACAAAGUCUCUCAAGCAAACCGUCUUCCUCAAUAUAUCUCCCUUCUCAGCCUAUGUAUUGGCUCCUUCUAUUCUUAUUCAAGAUUUUCCUUGUGAGACGGUCGGAGAUAAAUUAUUUUAUCAAAGCAUCGACAAUUUUGUUGAUUCACUUGGUUUAUUCUGCUAA